UAAAAAUGGACACUCUGUAGCCGAAAGCUGCCAUAUUUCAUUUCAAGUUUUUGUGUACAUCUACGCGCUUUCCCGCAGCGGUCUUUAUUUAUAUUUUACCAAAGAAACCCGAAGUGUGACUAUCCAGUUGCUUCAGAAAGCGGAGUCGAAAAUUAGUUACUCAAGUACAAUUUGCAGUCUUACACAAGUGUUUGUAGGAGUUGUUCUACUCAAUUAUUCACCUAUCCUUUUGGCCUUUCAAGAUCCCUGCAGACUCUUUUCUGGCGGAUUUGAUAAUGAGCUUCGAAAAAGUAAACAACAAUCUGUUUCUUGUCUCCCACUUUCGUUUAUUCUUAACACGGAACAACUAUUGUUGCUGAUGCCCAUGGAUAUUUAAAGGAGGAAAAGGAAACGUGUUCGGGCAGUAGCAACCUCUGAUUCUCAGUCGGAUGGUUCGGGAUCUGAUUCAAAAUCUCCGAAGAAAGGUAGAAAGAACAUUAAAAAAUUGAAGAAGCUCUCUGAAACAACAAAAGCUGUUAACCAAGCGGAAGCUGAAAGAAUAAAGAGAAUUUCUGAACGUCAAAAGAUCUACAAUUCCGUCUUUAAUGCGAGCUGUUUUGGGGAAAAGAAGACUUUAGAUAGUUUGGUGCUAGAUUUCGAUCCAAAAUCAAAGAAAGCGCUAGUUGCUGUCGAAGAUGCAUUAGUGAAGAAACUGAAGCCCCAUCAGGGCAAAGGAAUAAAAUUUAUGUGGGACUCAUGUUUCGAAUCGUUAGAUGUGGCGAAGAAACAAGAAGGAUCUGGUUGUAUUUUAGCGCAUUGUAUGGGUCUCGGAAAAACUUUACAGGUCAUAGCUCUUACUUACACAUUAUUGACGCAAGCUUCAGAACACGUAAAAAGUGUAUUGGUUCUGUGUCCCCUCUCAACAGUUCUAAACUGGUAUAGUGAAUUCGAAAAAUGGUUGGAAGGUGUGGAUCAAUCCAUCGAGGUUUACCAUCUCACUGACAUUAAAACAAAUCCUCUCCGAGCGGAUAUCUGUAUGCAAUGGCACAAGAAUGGUGGCGUAAUGAUACUUAGUUACAACAAUUUCCGAAUUCUGACGGGCUCUCCUAGAGGCGGCAAAAAAAUGAAAGAGAAGCUUCUCACCAGUAUUCUUGAUCCAGGUCCGGAUCUAAUUGUCUGUGAUGAAGGGCACUUGUUGAAGAAUGAACAAUCGGCAAUUUCCAAAGCUGUCUCCAAAAUGAGAACGAUGCGAAGGAUUGUGCUGACAGGGACUCCUUUGCAAAACAAUCUUCAAGAAUACCAUUGUAUGGUGCAAUUCGUGAAGCCCAAUCUUCUCGGUGAAAAAAGGGAAUUCCUCAAUCGUUUCGUCAAUCCCAUCAUGAAUGGACAGUACGGAGAUUCAACGGCACACGAUGUCAAGGUUAUGAAGCAGCGGUCUCAUGUCCUCCACAAAAAAUUAGAAGGAAUCGUCCAGCGUGCGGACUACACCGUUCUCAAACCCUAUUUACCUGAAAAAUAUGAAUACGUUAUCAGCUUACGGCUCUCUGACUUACAGUUAAAACUGUACCAACAUUAUUUAGAAAAUGUCUCUCGCAACAUGAUGGAAGACAAGAAAAUGGGCGGAAGCUGCCUGUUCCAAGAUUUCAAUAAUUUGAGGCUUGUUUGGACGCAUCCAUACCUUCUGAAACUGAAAGCUCUAGAAGAUGAUAAAAAAGAGGAGAUGAAAGAAUUCGAUGAAUCCGAUGAUUCCAUAAAAGAUUUCGUCACCGAUGGUUCUGAUACUGCAUCAAGCACUUCUUCCGAUGAAGGUUCCGGUUCGAUGUCUGGAAGCGAUGAAGAGUACAAACCGUCCAGCACAAGGAGAGUCACCCGAGGUCUGAAACAAUCUGGUGCUGUUACUGAAGAGGAAAUGAAAAACGAAGAAAGCGACAAGAAGGAUCCUUUAGCAAAUCAAUGGUGGAGCGAGCUGGUGACUCCAGAAAUGUUUGAUGACAUUACGCUCAGCGCCAAGCUCAUGUUGCUUUUCAGUAUUUUAAGAGAAUGCGAAGAAAUCGGUGAUAAAGUGCUAGUUUUCAGUCAGUCGAUUGUGUCUUUAAAUGCAAUUGAAUAUUUCCUGGAAAAAAUCCAUGAAGCAACAAGGAGGAAAGGAGAUUUCCAUGGCUUCAAGGGUUCCUGGGUGUUCGGGCUGGACUAUUUCCGAUUGGAUGGUACUUGUUCGUCUCAAAAUAGAAGUACAAACUGUGAUACAUUCAACUCUCCCAAGAAUUUAAGGGGGCGUUUAUUCUUAAUUUCAACCCGCGCUGGAGGUCUCGGGAUCAAUUUGACUGGUGCAAACAGGGCUGUGGUCUUUGAUGUAUCGUGGAAUCCCUCUCAUGAUGUUCAGAGUAUCUUUAGAAUUUAUCGUUUUGGUCAAACCAAGCCGUGCUAUAUUUACAGAUUCGUCGCUAGGGGAACGAUGGAAGAAAAAGUGUAUGAGCGGCAAGUAGCAAAGAUCUCAUUAGCGUACCGUGUUGUCGAUGAGCAACAAGUUGACAGACACUUCUCCUCGUCUGAUCUGCGAGAACUGUACAUGUUGCCAGACAACAAAGAAGAGGCGCUGACUCCAAUCGUGCCGAAGGAUCGGCUGAUGGCCGAACUGUUGAAAGAGCACAAAAAUACUAUUUUCAAAAUCCAUGAGCAUGACUCACUGCUGGAGAACACAGAAGAAGAAGAUCUGGACGAAGAAGAACGGAAGGCAGCUUGGGAAGCGUAUGAAAAUGAAAAGAAUUACAACGCAAAUACAGCCAGGAUGAAUCUGAACAUGGGAAUGCCGGGCAUGGGAAUGGGAAUGCCAAUGCCAGGCAUGGGAAUGGGGAUGCCAGGAAUGCCAGGAAUGCAGCCUGGAAUGUAUCAGCAGAGGUUCCAGUCAACAGAGGGUCUACCUGGGCCACGCAACAACUACGGAAUCCAUCCAGGAAUGGUUGGCUUGAACAUGGCUCCUGGAUCCAGGCCGGCCAACAGCAACGCUUUCCCCAAGAUGUUCACUCCGUCGCUCCUGCAGCAAUUCUACAUGCAAAACCCGAAAGUCAUCUCAAAUCUCUACCAGAAACUCAAGGCAGAUAAUCCUCUGAAACCGGAAAGUCAAAUCAACGGGAUGCUGCAGCAGUGCGUGAUGGGAUACUUGAACGCAGCCAUGGCUCAAAGUCAGCAUAGCAUGAAUCAAGGUAUGCCUUCGGCUCCACCGACUGCUGCACCUGCCGCAGCGCCCAGCGGGCCAAUACCCAUGCCUCCACCGAGCGGACCUAUCCCCAUGCCGCCCCCGGGUGGAGCCAUCCCCAUGCCUGCCCCAGGCGGGGCUCCAAGCACAGCGAAAUAAGCGCAGACUCCAUGGCUGUACCCUUGUAAAUUCUCUCCUUUUCUUUCGUUUGUAGACUAUAUUGCAGCUUUCUUAUCGGUGCGCCUCCACUGUUCAUAAAUCAUCGCUUUCCCCCCCUAGCUCUUCUAGUAACCGUCUGUAGGAAAUCAGUAUUUCUGCACAAAGAGAAAAAAGGAGGUGGUUGCUACUUAUGAUUUGUUUACCAUGUGAUGUAGGUGGGCUCAACAAGGCGUCAGUAUUUCAGAAGAAUUCUAAGUUCAAAUUAUGAAAAACGAACCAGUUUUUGUUUAGGUCAACUCAAAAUAUAAUCUCAAAAUUUUAAACAGAAUGACUUUUUUCCAUGAACUACACCAUUUUUAAGAAAAUAGAUGAUGAAAAGCGUCUGCGCCCAUCUACGUCAUAGAUUCAAUCUAAAAUGCCUAAAAUAAGACCACCUCUUUUGUUUUCUCUAUGGUGUUAGGGGGAAUUAGUCCUAGGACUUUAUUAUUAGUUUUCAUAUGUAUUGUAUUCAGGCAUGUCCUCGCAACAGAAUAGGCUGUGAACAGAAAGGUUAAUUGAGGGAAAGGCCAAAAAGGAAACAAAUUCUCAGAGACACAUUAUUUCAUGAUCGGUGAGCGGCCUCUUGCUUCAGCCAUGUUCUCUACUUCAGCCUGAUGUCACCUUCGCACUUGGCAACGCUUCUUUAAAUUAAACGUGAAGAUACAAGGAGAUUUUUUUUGAUCGAUCGUUUAAUUGUUCUGAAGACAUGCCUGUUCAUAUCUUUCAUCUAUCAUAUUCACCAACACGCCACAGAAUAAUAUUCUUUCAGCCAAGCUUUCCCCUACGCUGUUUGUAAUUUUUGACAGUUAUCAAAUUUAACGCUCAAUUUUUUUUUUAUUUUUUUAAAAAAAAAAGUUUGAAAUAUGAUCUGAACUUUUUGGAAUCUUUUUCCUGUUCCUUCUAUAACUGUUAUUUACUUCAUCAAUAGUUGUAAACUUUUGCCAAAGCCUAGAAAAAGAGUUGUUUCUUGUGUAAAUUUCUCAAUAAGUGCAUUUGCAAUGCCUAGUUUUCACUCGAUCACCUCGCUGUUUGAGCCUUAGGAUCUCGCAUCCUCAUCGUCCCUUUAAAUAUUACAUUCUUGCUAAAAAGUAAAUUAAUGUCUGGAAUUUGAUAACUUGCGUAAGAUGCAAAAUGACUGACAUUACAUGAUAUGCAUCUCUAUUGAAAAUGAACAACAAAGUAAUUGCUACUUUUGUUCUUAUUUUCAUAGCUUUGCUCCAUGUUUUUAAACCACAUUCGUUCCUUUGACUCAAUAUAUAAAUCAUUCAUUGUAAAUUAUUUUAUCUUUUCAAUCCGGUAAGCUCACAGUAGCGCAGUCUUUAGCACAAAUUUUCAAGGUGAGAGUUAAUUGCAGAUCUUACAAAUGCACCAGUUGAGACUUCUCAUUAAAUUAUUCACAUGAACUACUUAGUUCCAUCCCUAAAAUGUUUGAUACAGCAUUGAAAAUGUCUGUGUAUUGCAGUUUUUAACAUCACAUAGUGUCCAUUCCGAUUUCUGUAAAGCAGCUGGCCCAUGCUAUAAAUGUGUCUUAUCAAUUUAGUAAAAUUAUAUUACCUGUGGUAGGGUGUACCUAUAACACUCUUGCAUCCCUUUUUAGAAGUUUUUAGAGCAUGAUUUCUCUAGUUAGUAUUUUAAGGGUUGAUUUUCAUGGAAUUGUUAUAGCUGACUAAAUGUACAUAUUAUUUUUUUGUUGUUCUAUUUAUUCUGUCCCAAUUCUAUAGGGAGUAGUAUAACUAUUUUAUGGAGUGAAUUUUAUUAAAUUUUGAUGAGUAUUUCUUCAUAGAAUUUGUUUAGUCUCUUAAGGGAUAAAACAAUUCGAAGUUCUGGGAACGAUAAAAAUUUUAAGAGUUUACAAUUUUUAGCAAUCACAAUUUAUAGGUAGGCUCUGAACAAGUGAAAGCUAAUUUUCUUCUCUUCUCUUUUUCAACGUUUCAUUCUCUCAAAAUUAAUUCCAUUUCACUCAGUUUCCAUAACAUCAUUUAAAUUUAAUUUAAUUUCGAUUUAAUUUGUUACUCAGUUACACGGAAAGUGGUGUGCAAUGAGUGGCUUCAACAACCCACAAGUUCCUUUUUUAUUAAUUUAGUCAAAAAUUUUUGAAGUUAUUUUGGUAAUUAUAAAUUAUUAUAGAUUCCUUCUUUGUACAUACGGCUUCAGUGUUGUGAUAAACACUUUUGUAUUAGGAUGUCAUAGUAUUAGGGCAGAAAAUGUUAAUUCCUUUUCGUGUAAACUUUUGGAGUCCCCUCAUGUGUUAAUAUAUUUUUAUUUGUAUUUAUAACCAAUCAUUGAUACAUUUUUUUUAUUUUAUUAUUAUGAUAUUAUUUUUUUUUUUUUCAUUAAUUGGUACUUCCUGGUAUUCUGAAUAAAAUGUCUUCUAUAUUAGA